AUGGCCAGGUUCACUUGCAGGUGUUUCCACCGAUCUUGCUUGAGCUGGAGCUUUGCCACCAGAGUAGAAGGAAGAAUCUCUUUGGCUGCUUUGACGGCGAAGGCACCUACAUCAAAAACAAACGACCAGACAUAUCAGACUCAUGUCGAGGUCGAGAAGAAGGUGGAGAUCGAACAUGAAUCAAGAUGGAGAAAGAGGGGACACGGACCUCUCACUGUGAGGACGGUGGCGAGGUAUUCGACGAUGGCGGCAAGGUUCGGCGAGGUAGUGGAGGAUGGCCCCGAGGUCCGGCGAGGUGACCUGGGGGAGCCCAUGCUUGCCAGUGGAGCUGAGGAUGAGCAAGCCUCUAAUGGCCGCUUCUCGCCGGCCGGGCUGACCGGCUCCCCAAGCCCCUUCGCCAUCACAUCCCGUCCGUCAUGGAUCCGCUGGCGCAGCCACCGGCACGGCAAGGCAUCGUGCAUCCACGCGUGUGCCGCCGCCGGGCAAGAGGAAGAGGCGACAAAACUCUGCCGGUGGCGGCAUCUGCGCACGCUGCGGCCGGUGGAGAGGGAGGCCAACGCGGAGGCUGCGCCGGCGAGGCGCCUUGGCGCGGCACCUGCACGCGCUGCGGUCGGUGGAGAGGAAGAGGAGGCGGAGGCGGAGGCAGCGGCGCCGAGGCAGGAUUUGUACGGGCUUUUUUUCGUUUUCACGGGGGCCGAGGGAGACGAAGAGGAGGGAGCAGAGGCAUCGAGACGCUGUGGGGGUAACUUUUAA